AACAACAAAUUGAAAAGGUAGGAUGAAUUGGAGGAAUGGAUACAUGUUAGCAAUACAGAAGUCUUCCAACUAAAUGCAGUAUGGAACGCAAUUGAGUGAAACUCCCAGAGCUUAAUAACUGAUGAUUAACUUCAAUUACGUAUGACAGAUCGGUACAUCACUAUGAUUCGUCAAUUGCAAGGAUCCGACCCGGAUGCUGAUCAUCGCCUUUCUGGAUAUUCCUCUAUUUGAUCCCAUUCAUUGCUUCAAUUCCCGGUCGAAGCAAUCGCAAACCCUAUCUAUCUCCGCCAAUGCUCACAUCUGGAUUGACAUGUUCCAUAAUUCAUGAGAAUGAAUUAUCGGUGAUCGCGAGCUCUUAAAAGAAUGUGGUUUUCCUUUUGGCGAUCCAGGGAUAGACUAUCGUUAGAUGAACUCAGGUACUUCUAUAUAUGCUGCAUUCUGCGACUCUACCUUUUCGUAUAUGAUUUUUGCUCUACUUGCGAUUUCUCCGUCCUCGGUAUCGGUACUGGAAUUAGUUUACGAGGACUAGGAUACCCUGCAUUGAACUUUUGGCUGGUGGAUCGGGUGAAUUGGUGCUUCUUAUAUGCCAUCUUGAAUGCGAGAUUUCGGAAAAAGGGAUUAAUUUUGGCUGACCUUUCAGAAUUUGGGAUUAAAUUCACUAACCUUGGACUGCAAAUUGGCAUCAAAACACAAAGGGGUCUUUCCACUCCACCUAGUUCCUUCAACAGUGGAACACUUGUUUAUUAACACAAAACUUACUUUUUAUCUCUUUGACUUGGCACAUUCCUGUGAUGUUCCACUCCUUGCUGAAAAAAUUGUCUUAUGGUUAUAAGAGGUGUAUUCACGUUACAAAGUUGGGAUUUUAAGCAUAAGCAAAUUUAUUCUUUCUGUUGCUCCAUCGUUGCCACUGGAGUCAGAGAAUAUCAUAGAAGACCAAUGCUUGAUAGUUAAGAAGGGUGGCAUAUGUGUAUUGCAAAACCUAGUCGGCAGGAGUGUUCGUAUUAUGGUCCACCGAAUUACUGAAUACUGAGUACAAGAUUCAUAGUUGAUCAACUGAAAAAAGUUCAAGUCGUGAAUGAAGUUAACAAAGAGUUUGUCAUUGAGGCUUUGAGAUCUAUUGCAGAGUUGAUAACAUAUGGUGACCAGCAUGAUGCUGCCUAUUUUGAGUUUUUCAUGGAGAAACAGGUCAUGGGCGAGUUUGUACGCAUAUUAAGAAUAUGUGAAUCUCUGAUUUUCUCACGCCAGCUUUUGCAGACAAUGAGCAUAAUAAUACAGAACCUGAAAAAUGAUCAUUCUAUAUACUAUAUGUUUAGGAAUGAACAUGUUAACUACCUCAUAGCAUACCCUUUUGACUUCGGAAAUGAAGAGUUGUUAUCUUAUUACAUAUCCUUCCUAAGAGCGAUAAGUGGGAAACUGAACAAUGAUACAAUUUCUCUCCUUGUUAAGACAAAAAUUGAUGAAGUAGUUGGUUUUCCCCUUUAUGUUGAGGCAAUACGGUUUGCUUUGCAUGAAGAAAGUAUGAUACGAACUGCUGUUCGUGCUUUAACAUUGAACGUUUAUCAUGUUGGAGAUGACUCUGUAAAUAGGUUUGUAUCCAGGGCCCCACAUUCAGAUUAUUUCCUGCACUUGAUCGAAUUUUUCCGAGAUCGGUGUAUCCAUUUGAAAUCAAUUGUUUCAAAUGCUAAAAAGAGCCAAAGCGCAGAACUUUCAUCCUCCAUUCUUUGUGCUGUUGACGAGAUUGAAGACAAUCUCUAUUACAUUAGUGAUGUUGUUUCUGCUGGAAUCCCUGAUGUUGGGAGGUUGAUAAUGGACAAAGUUCUGAGGCUUCUGAUAUUUCCGUUGGUUCUGCCAUCCCUUAGGACUGAAGCUGUCAAUGAACCAAGUCUUGGGGCUGUCACUUCUUUAUAUUUACUGUGUUGCAUUCUUCGCAUAGUCAAAAUCAAAGAUCUGGCAAACAUUGUUGCUGCUGCUCUUCUAUGUCAUCCAGAGAUGAUUCCUGAGAGUGCUGAAGCUAAGAUCAAUGGUAAUCUGUUGAGCCAUGCUUCUUCGGAUUUAGCCAGCCAAAAUAAAGAUGCAAACAAUCAAAAUUCCAUGUCCGAUACCAAAAAUCAUAUACUGCACAGUGCCCUCAAUCAUAUGUAUGGUGGUAUGAGGUUUGCUCCGAGGGAAGCUUUGCUUUCAUUUGUUGUCAGUGGAGAUGAAGUUCAAGUCUCAGGCUCCUUAAAUGUUCUAGCAACAUUGUUGCAGACUAAAGAACUAGAUGAGUCAAUGGCUGAUGCUCUUGGCAUACUUCCGCAAUAUAAACAGCAUAAAAAGAAACUGCUGCAAGCCUUGGUUGGGGAGGAUUCUGCAGAAGAGCAACUUUUCUCCUCAGAAGGUAAUAAGGUCAAAGAUCGCAUCAGUGGUGAACUAGAUAUCUAUCUGCAAAAGUUGAAGCAGGAGUAUGUAGGAAUUUCAUGUGUACACCCAGAGGUUGGAGCGAGUCCCCGUGUGCAUAGAUUUCAAGUACUCGAUUCUUUGGUUAGUCUCUUCUGCAGAUCAAACAUCUCUGCAGAAACAUUGUGGCAUGGUGGUUGGCUUUUGCGGCAGUUGUUACCUUACAGCAAAGCGGAGUUCAACAGUCAUCAUCUUACUUUACUUACUGAUUCAUUUCACCAUUCCACUGCUCGUGUUCUAGAGGAGGCCAGAGGAACUUGGUUAGAUCUGUUAUUGGCAGCUAUUUGUGACCAGUGGAGAAAGUGCAAAAGAGCAAUUGAGGCAUCUUCUCUGCGAAAAGAUCCAAAGUGUAUCCUAUUGCCGCCAUUCAAGUCUGCCUAUGACGAGCAUGCAUCAUCUGAAUCAUCAUUUGCUGCCGGAGAGAGAAUGUGUGAAGCAGUGAAGGUGUUUGCGCUGCUUCAUCAUCUCCACAUUUUCUCACUUGGUAAAGUUUUGCCAGAUCAACCUCCUGUAUUCUCUGAUGUUGAUACUCCAGAGAAGUCCAGAGCAAGGAAUGCUGGUUUAAAUCUUCCAGAACUUAAACCAAAUGCUGAAAUCAAUCUUGUGGGUACAAUCCCAUGUCGAAUUGCAUUUGAAAGGAGUAAAGAACGGCAUUUCCUCUUUCUAGCCCUCUCUAUGAGUAGCUGUGGUUGGCUUGUCCUUGCGGAGGAAUUACCAGUAAAACCAGGGCGAGGAUUGGUACGAGUUGUGGCACCAUUGGCUGGAUGUAAUCCAAGAGUAGACGAUAAACAUUUAAAGUGGCUGCACCUUCGAAUCCGUCCUUCCUCAUUCCCAUUUACAGAGACCGCUAUAUAUGCUGGACAUAGCAAGGUAAAAUCUAAAGCUUUGGUUGACGGAAGGUGGACUCUCGCAUUCCAGGAUGAGGAAUCCUGCAAGAAGGCAAUGUCUAUGGUUGUAGAGGAAAUGGAGCUGCAAAGUUGCAUGGUGGAGAAAAGUCUAGAACCUUUACUAGAACUUGAUAGAAGUACCGACGAUUCGAGACUGCCUGAGCGUGUGGAGGAUGAUAACACAGUGUAACGGUGGACCUCAUGUUAUUUGCAGAUGUUUGAAUGCGCGGUUAGUUUUCCCGGGUGAGGUUUCAAGCAGCCUAAUGUAUGUGAGUUGUGUUCCAAAAGAAUCGUCAGGUACAGAAUGUAUAAUAGAGCAUGUAGUAGUCAGUGCCAUUCUUUGUAGUAUAUAGUAGAUUACAUAUAUAUACGCUCAGUCUUUUGUAUGUGAGAUUCUUUGACCAAUUUCAUCUCCGGCACCCAGUUAUGAGCUUUUGUAACAGUACAUAGUUUUUCAAGAGCUAAUGAAAGAGAAAGUCCAUUCUUUUCUA